AUGGCCUCUAACAGCAAUGUAAAAGGAACAAUGGCAAAUUACGGACGGAUUCGUGGGAUACUCCUUGAUCAAAUUCGUGAAAACAACAGUUUUGGAAGUGUAUGGACGGAACAUGGAAUUAUGCAUUUGAGUUCGCCGUUUUUUGCUGAUUAUCAACAAGUGGGCUGGAUUGAGGGUCAACACCAAGUACACUGGGGACAACAUCAGAUCGGACCAAAGUAUUAUAUUAUAGUGGACCCAUGGAAUCCCCAAAUGUUGGAUGGAAAGUUAAUACUAUUUGGAUUACUUGAAAUAAGGAGUAACCCCAUUCUGUUGCCUUGCUUCUUCUAUCAGCUAGCUUCGGGGAUAGGAUAUAUUAAAGUGCCUUUUAGUGCUGCAAAUUUUUCCCACGCGGAAUCCAUGAGCUUCGACGCCACUUUAGUUCUUCUUGAUGAUCCAGAAAAAGUUGAAAAUGAGAAUGCUACCUGUUUCUGGGCAGUUAAGACUUUGGUACCAAACGAAUCCCGAAUUUCUUCAAUUUUUCAUUUGACUCCACAAUUUGCUCCAGAAAAUACCAGGACAGAACCAAUUGUCAAUGAUCCACCCGAAGUUCCAGUAGCCGAAGAACCAACUCACUGCCGUGCCAUCAUCAUGAAAGUUUUGCAAGAUCGUAAUUAUUUAGUUUGGGUGACAGAGAAGAAAGCAGUGGCCAUCAUGGAACCAUGGCAUCGAGAAUUCUAUCGAGACAUCCAUACCCCCUUGGGAGUGGAAUUCAGUGCUGUAGUUCUACCGUACACAAACCACGUGAAUCGAGACAUCUUUUGGGAAGUUGUGCAACUCAACCACGAUUUCACUGUUCCUGUAUACAAGUACAGAACAGUGAACGCAAAUGAAAUUGAAAUUGAAAUGGUCGCCAACUUUGCUCAUACCAAGCAGUUUCCAAUUGGAUCCGCGUUGGUGCGAUCGAAGGAAAAAGCAACACUUGCGUUGAACGACACGGUCUUCGAUUUCGAACGUGUCGAACAUAAUCAAAACCAAUUUAUUGAGAAGUUCAAGGAGUGCACACGAUUAAAAGUCUGGUGUCGCAUAAAAAACCAAAGUUUUGCGAUCCGAAACGAGGAGCCAGCUACACUGCACAGAAAACUCCUCACAAUUUUUUCAAUGUCAGAAAAAGAGGAGAGUGAAUCAGCAAGGCAAAGAAGAAAAGAAUUGACUCAGAUGCGUUUGGAAUUCAAUGCUCGAGAGAAUCAGGUUCAUCAAACAAACUUCGUUCGGUUUGAUCCCUGGGGAAGAAACAAUCUACCGGAUUCCGACGAUGAGGAAGACUACAGAGGCCCCAGCACAUCAACCGGAAUCCGGGAACCAAGGGAUUGUCAGAAUAAGCACUAUCGAAGAUAA